AUGCCUCACCUUGGGACGAAGAUAGAUAUGUUCUUGUCUCCGGAUGAUCAUUUGACCUGGCACCCUCCACCUCUCGCGCAAGCUCUUCGAACGUUACAGUCUUUGGUCGACAUUGGCUCAUCUGGCCUUGACUCAGAACGACCUUCAGCCGUCGUGAGCGUGGCUUCCACACUUGGGUGCAUUGACGCCGUCGGCCAUGCUCUUUCUUUUGCGCUAUCUCAGCCUUCCUCUAUGAAAGAUUAUAUGCCUUCACCAACAACGCUGCUGCCAUCUGUGUCCGACCUUGUUCCACGCGUACUCUGCUACUCUUUCCCCCUCAUCGCCGGCGCAUACGCCGGAAAACGCAAAGCCCAGAGACCAACUCGGACAGCAUGGGACGACACGAUGCAGGCAGAUUCACUCUUCAAUCUGUAUCUGCAAGGCGACAACAACAUUGCUAACGCCUUCGAAGCGAUUCUCGGCUCUCUGUGUACACGGAUUCUUACUCCAGCUGUUCGCUCCAUAGUACCUGCCUGUUCGACUCGGCUCGAUGCUUUCUUACUCGCACCAAAACCCUCUGUAAACCGGACAAAUUUGACGACAUCACGACCUCAAACGAUCUCACACAUCGACCCUACCGAUAUCGUGUAUCUCCUGCAUUCGGUGCGCCAAGUCCUCGACAAUAUAUGCGUCGAUAUCUCUCAGCGCUACUCCAAACACUCCGCUGCCUUGACGAUCUCUGUUCAGACACUACUAGAUAGUGUCAUACUCGAAGCUCUCCGCGAACUUGAUGGUCUGUACAAUACUUCUGAACUCGACUCAAAGGUCGCCGCCGCAGCCCUACACUCUCAAUCUUCGCACCCUGACUCGGGCAGUCAAACACCCACUACCCAAAGCAGGAAGCCACUCCGACUUCCUCGUAGCGCUCGAAUCAAACACCUCGCUCGAAGAGAAGCUCUCCACCAUCUCUGUCACGUCUUAUCCUUCUGUCUCGAUCCAGCCCCUGGACUCUCGUCGAACUCUCUUCGGGAAAAGGCACCGUCCGCUGCACUGCGGCAUGCACUAGAGGGGAAGAUGGGUGUCCUUUUGCGCAAAUGUUUGACCACGACGCGGACAUGGUCGGCAGGUGUACUGGAAGACCCUAUCUCUGAGGAGGAGGGAGAGGGUGGCUUAGAGAUGGAUGAAACCGAAGAGGGGAUGGUGCUAGCCUUGCUGGAGAAGGGUUGGGGGUAUGGUUUGGAUUUGAAUCCAGGGCCAGAUAUGGACAGGGGGUACGGUGGUGGACUACAGAUGCCUGAAGAUACAUGA